AUGGAGACCCCCGAGCCAGUGUCGUCCUAUGAGUUCUCGGGCCAUGGCCAUAUGGGCCCUUAUGCCCAUCGACGGAUGGACUCCCCCCUGUUCCCUUACUAUGCCCAUCAUGCCACAUCGGCACCAUAUUCCCUUCCAUACCAUGCUCCAACCUCGGGUCCGUACAACUUUGGCCAUCUCACUCAGCCUACACACCCAUAUGGUCAUUAUUUCGGAGCCAGUCAGCCCCCACUCGCAUCUCCGAUUCGCCUGACCGAGCAACCACUGCAUUCGCUUCCGGAGAUUCGACCGGCAAAGAAUGCCAUCAAUCAGACAGCCAAGGGAACCGAUUCCCGGGGCCUUGGAGCCAUGGCCGUGAAGAAGGGAGGCGCUAACUUCGAGUUCUCGACGGAAGUUGAUGUCUUGAUGAAAGCUAUCCAGGCUAAACCGGACACCGGCUCAUCCCCUGUACAACAACCGGGCCAGCAGAUUCAGCAAGUCCAACAGGUUCAACAGAUCUCUCAGAUCCCACAGGCCCAGCAGUCCCUGCCACCACUGCAGCAGCUAGCAUCGCCGGGUUACCCAGCCUACCCCAUGUCGCCUCCGCGUUGCAUUCUGAAUAAUGACGGCCAGUUGUCGCGUUCUGGCAAGAAACGCAAGUAUACCUGCACCUUGCCGAACUGUGGCAAGAGUUUUGCGCAGAAGACACACCUGGAUAUCCAUACGCGAGCGCAUACAGGCGAUAAGCCCUUUAUAUGCAAGGAGCCUUCAUGUGGACAACGAUUCUCGCAGCUGGGUAACCUAAAGACCCAUGAACGCCGCCACACGGGUGAGAAACCCUACUCCUGUGAUAUCUGCCAUAAAAGGUUCGCUCAGCGGGGCAAUGUUCGGGCCCACAAGACAACCCAUCUCCAGAACAAGCCAUUCACCUGCCUACUGGACGACUGCGGCAAGAAAUUUACGCAACUUGGGAACCUGAAGUCCCACCAGAAUAAGUUCCAUGCAUCUACCCUCCGCUCAUUAACGAUGCGAUUCUCCCAAAUCGGCGACCAGGCAUCCGUCAAUCCGCAAGAUCGUGAACUAUGGGAGUACUUCGCUUCCCUCUACAAGAAUAGCAACAAGGGCAUCAAAGGCCGAGGCAAGGACCGGCGGAUCCUAACCACCAAGCGGUCCAUGACCGGCGACUCGAUGCACCGCAUGCUAUCCAUGGAAUCGGACGAAGACCCUUCGCAGAUGCGCCGAGGCAGCUAUGAAGAUACUCUGUCCAUGUACACGGGCGGGUCCAGCAGUGAUGGAGACGAGCCUGGUCCAUAUUUGAUGAACCGGCGGUAG